AUCCCGGUUAUCCCGGUUUAUCCUCACUCACUUCCUGCUCCGCCGGCUGCUGUCAACACCCCGCGCUUUACAGCACGGCCGACGCAAAAGCCGCUGUCGCAAAAACCUCUGCGGUUGCGUCUCGCUUGGCGGCGCGGGAGAACUACAACUCCCGGCGUGCCCCGCGGGCAGGGAAAAGGCGGGAAAAACGUAACACCAGGAUGGGGAAGCGUAGGACCCACACACUCCCAGGCGACAGGAAAUUCCACGCUCCCAAAGCCAAGCGGAUCCUUCAGGAAGCUCCAGGAGCUUCAGCCAGCUCAGCCGUGCCCGUUCCUUCCCAGAGCAGCGAUCCCGAUGGAGAUCCUGCCAAGGUGGAGUCCCAGGCGAGUCUGGAUCCCCUCAGAUCCAAUCCUUUGGAAUUUGCUGGGUCCAACGGCAGGAACAAGGUGGAUCCAGAGGGAAUCCCUGUGGGAGAGCACGGAGCCGGAUCCCUGCAGGAAGGAAGAGACAAGAUUGGAGGCGACAGAGCACUAGGAUCACCCAAACAGAGCAUUUCCAAUGGGAUGGAAGAGAAUCUUCUGGAAUUGCCCCAGCCGGGAAUUUUGGAAGCAAAUGGGACAGGAGAGGAUGAGCUGGAGUCACCAAAACCAGGAAUUCUGGAUGGGGCAGGAGAGAAUUGUCCAGAAUCACCAAAAGCAGCAAUUUUGGAGGUGGAUGGGGCAGGAGAGGAGCCCCCAGAGUCAGGGAAACAUAUAAUUUUGGAUGGAAUGGGUCAGAAUCAUCUGGAAUCGUCUCAGCUGGGGAUCUUGGAGGGGAAUGGAGCAGGAGAGGAGCAGCUGGAGUCACCCCAGAUGAGAAUUCCAGAGGCAGAUGGGGCAGGAAAAGAGCAGCUGGAGUCACUGAAGCUGGUAAUUUUGGAUGGAACAGGAGAGGAUCAGCUGGAAUCACCAAAACCAGGAAUUUCAGAGGUGGAUGGGGCAGCAGAGGAGCAGCUGGAAACACCAACACACGCCAUUUCGGAUGGGGCAGCAGAGGAGCAUCCAGAGUCAGUGAAACCAGGAAUUUCAGACGCAGAUGGGGCAAGAGAGGAGCAGCCAGAGCCACUGAAACAGGGAAUUUGGGAUGGGGCAGGAGAGAAUCAGCUGGAGCCACCAAAACCAGGGGAUUGUGGAGCAGAGGGAUCCAGCCCCGAGGACACGGAGACCGGCACAGCCCCUGCGGAGAGUUCAGAGGUGCCGGACGCAGCGGGAGGGGGGGAAGGUGCCCUGGAGGAGGGAGGUGGCACUGGGAUUGCCCUGAGCAUGGACACAGGGUCCCCAGAUGGUCCCAGAGAUCCCCAGAGCGAUGGAGGGGACACAGAGAGCCGGAAUUCCCAGAGCGGGAAUCCCAGGAUGGCAACACCAGGACGAGAUCCAGCAGCCAGCAGCACCGAGCCCCAGGAACACCGGGAAGGAACCAGCCCAGAGCUCCCAGCAGAGGAGCCAUUCCCGGGUGCCACAGGGCAGCAGCCCUGGGACACCACUGGAUCCACAGGGAACAGCCCGGUGCAGCCACGGGAAAGCAGAGCCGCGGAGCCGGCAGACGCGAGCGACGUCAUCCGCGGGCUGAUCCGGGAACUCUCCAACCUCAACCGCCUGGCCAUGGGUGCCCACCGGGGACUGGAGCUGCUCCGGAGGCCAAAGCCACGGCGGGGCCGGAGGCCAGUGCCCAGCGGAAGCCGCUGGAAAGAGGGGUAGGGGCGUCAGGAACUGUUGUAGAACAGCAAUUUAUUGAUGGAAACAGUGGGAAUAAACCACCCUUCAUCUG